AUGUCUUUCACCUUGUCAACGCCCAAUACCAGCAUCACGCCUGAUCAACCAGGCCAUUGGGUAGUCACCGAAUUUGGCACUCCAUCCGUGUUAAAAUGGGAGACCUGGGAUCCCACUUCCGAGCUCUCUGGCGAAAAUGUUCUCGUCCGCAUAAUCGUAGCCGGCAUCGCUGGCGCAGAUAACAUCCAACGGACAGGCGGCUAUCCUGUACCCCAGACCUCCAAACCUGGCUUCACACCAGGAUACGACUGUGUCGGCGAAGUCAUAGCACUUGGCGAUUCGUUCGACUACGUUAGAUCUCUUGGCGUGGAGCCAAUUGAUCGCAAUGCUUCUGAUCUUGUCGAGCAAGUUCGGGCACUGACGGGCGGCGAAGGUGUGGACGUUGCGUAUGAUGCGGUUUGUAGCGAGGAGAGUCUCCAAAACAGUCUGGCUGCGACGAAGGCAGAGAUCGGGCAGGUCAUUGUGAUUGGUAUCAUGUCGGAGAUUUCGGCAGAUGGUAGUGGGAUCGCGCGAAGCGUGAAGGACACCCUCGCGUUGCGGCUUAAGGAGCGGAUGAGGUUCUUCGCUAUUGGCCAGGAUCAUUACCAAGACGGUAAAUGGGAACCGGGUACUUUUCUGGCUGAUUUUAGCAUCAUCCUGGAAAAGGUUCGGAGCGGAGAGUUGGAGCCGGCUAUCGCUAAGCUGUUCCACUUAAGCGAGGCUAUACAAGCACAUGACGAUCUGAUCUCAGGAAGUGUGGUUAAGGGCAAGAUGUUGUUCAUUGUUGAUGCAGACCUGGCUGCUCAGUACAGUCUUUAA